UACCAGCCCUGCUUCGACCGGGGAUGGACUGCCGCUGCGACGUCAGUCGCACAAGCCGCCGCUAACCUGACUUCGGCUGGGCCCAUUUCUUCCGCCCGCAUCUCAUCCUGUUAUCUCCUUGGAAUGCUUCAUUAAGGCGCCUCAGCCACCUGCUUUUGCCUCCUUUCUCUUGAUCCGUCUCGCCUUGAUGUCUGCGGCCUAGACGGUGCGCUCAAUAUCACACCUCAGGCAGCCCACAAGGCAGCAGCAGCACGCAAAUCAUGCGUCUCUUGCAGCAUGUCCUCCUCCUGUCCGGCGUCGCCCCCUUGGGCACGCUGGCGCACUUGGCCAACCGGCAGUUCGACCCAUUCCCGUCGCUGCCGCUGCCGUUUCCCAGCCCGCCCCGUGCGACGCCGACGCCGACGCCCUACGCGGUCCAGAAGCCGCCGCUGGACACGGACUGGACGUACGAGGUCGGCACAAACCCGUGGCCCAAGUACCCGCGACCCCAGCUGGUCCGCCAUGACGGAUGGAAGUCGCUCAACGGCCUGUGGACCUGGCGCUCCGCCAGCGGUGCCCGCGAGCUGGUCGCCCCGCCUUCGGGCCUGCUCGAACGCGAGGUGCUGGUACCGUCGUGCGUCGAAAGCGGAUUGUCGGGCCUGCAGGAGCUCGAUGUCGAGUACAUGUGGUACGCCACCAACUUCAGGGUCCCUGGCGGCUGGGGAGGCCGCGGUACCACGCUGCUGAACUUUGAGGCUGUCGACUACGAGACGAGGGUGUUUAUCAACGGCGUCGAGGUCGGCCACAACAUUGGUGGCUACUUCCGCUUCACAGUCGACGUGACGGAGCACGUCUCGUACGACCAGGACAACCUCCUUACUUUGUUUGUACAUGAUCCUACCAACAGGGAGGGUUUCCUUGUUCCUGCCGGGAAGCAGGUUUUAAACCCCUCGCACAUCUUCUAUCGGUCUUGCUCAGGCGUGUGGCAGUCGGUCUGGCUAGAACACGCCCCUGACGACUAUAUUACCGCUCUAGACGUUGCGGCGGACAUGGAUGGGAAGGUCACCAUCACGGCUCACAGCGCUGGUCAAGCCAAUGCCAGCGUCAGCGUAUCGGUCACCGAGUCCGGCGGCGCCGAGGUUGGCUCGCACUCGGCAGUUGCGGACCAGUCCUUCUCCUUCAAUGUGGACUCGCCGCGACUGUGGUGGCCCGACACCCCCAACCUGUACAACAUCACCGUCAAGCUCGGCAACGACUCGGUGACGAGCUACACAGGCUUCCGCACCGUGUCGCGCGGUGUCGUCCAGGGUGUCCAGCGGCCAUUGAUCAAUGGAGAGUUCCUCUUCCACUUUGGAACUCUUGAUCAGGGGUUUUGGCCAGACGGCUUGCACACACCGCCCAGCUACGAGGCCAUGGUUUUCGACCUGAAGCUGCUCAAGCGGCUUGGUUUCAACAUGGUUCGCAAACACAUCAAGAUCGAGCCCGACCUUUUCUAUCGGGCCUGCGACGAGAUUGGCUUGAUGGUGUAUCAAGACAUGCCAUCCUUUCCCGUCGACAGACCCCAAGCGACCAAUGACCAACAGGCCGAAUUCCAGCGCCAGUUGGCCCUUAUGGUCACCGAGCACCGCAGCUAUCCCUCCAUCGUUACCUGGAUCAUUUACAACGAAGGCUGGGGACAGAUCAACGACCCUCCGGCAGAGGGUCCCUUGACCGACAUGGUUCGUGAUUUGGAUCCGACUAGGCUGGUCAACUCGGUUACUGGCUGGAACGACCACGGCUUUGGCGACUAUUCGGACAAUCACAAAUAUGCCUCUCCCCAAUGUGGCACUCCCUUCUACUCGCGCCCGUCGUCUCCGCACGACUCCAAUCGGAUAGGCUUCCAAGGAGAAUUUGGCGGCGUCGGGCUCAACACUACCAUCGAACAUCUCUGGAACGUGAAGCAGGCCAUCGAUCAGGUUGACCAAACAUACGAGAUCAACAAGGACAAGGACUCCUACAACUACCGCUCGCACCAGCUCCUCACGGAACUGCGCGACCAGACGGAGCGCUUCGAAUGCAGUGGCGCCGUCUGGACACAGACCACCGACGUUGAGGGUGAGGUCAACGGGCUCGUUACGUACGACCGCCGCGAGAUGCACGUCGACGAGGAACAGUGGAGAGCAGACAUCCAGGCUCUGUACGCGGCUGCCGCGAGCAGGGGAGGCAAAGUCGGCGGCGGCACCGGCGCUGGCGAGUUCGAUGCAGGUCGCCUGAUGAUGCAAAGUUGACUGUCUUGGGAAUGGAAGCGGCAUUGAAGCGAGUUUACGUUUCUCACAGGUUUACGUGCUUGAUUUUUCAAAUCAGCCUCGAACUCACGUACACUUUUCGUUUUGCUAUUUUUAGACCGACAUCUACAGGUAUCGGAACCGUGCCGAUGCAGCCAAGACGUGUUAUACGUGACAGCCUGCCAGAUCUGCCUUGGCCGCGCGCCCAGACAUCAAUCUUCUGCAG